AUCAGAACAGGCGCACAUCCUCAUGCAGGGGUAAAACCUACCGACAGAGGGCGCAGUAGAGCCACUGGAUUGUAAUUCUCACAGAUGGUUGAUGUUACCAUGGAGACGUUCCCUGAUCAGCUCAACACUGUUGCAGUUUACGGCGACGUGAUGGCGUAACCUUAACUCCCGUUGACUUAAUUUACACAAGUUACCUGGUAUAGGAGUUAAAGUCUGUUUUCCUGGAAAACUGGAAAAAUGGAACGGCUGAAUCAGAUGGAAGAUGAUUCCAUGUAUAAUAGGAGUGAGAAAGGACCUGGACUCCCACCUUUGCCUCCGGAUGCAGAACCAUCAGAACUCUAUAAAAUAGUCAUGAGGCACAGUCAGUACCCACCCAUUCUCCAGACCAACACAUGGACUCAGGCAGUCCCUUUUAAAGAGCAACGUUACCAUCGUACUCCAAGUGAGAGAAUUGGAAACAAUUACAGCCCUCAUGUCCAAGAUCUGAAAUUAUCAAGCCUCAAGCAGAGAAAACACAAUGUGCGCAGAUCCUCCGUAAGACCAGAGGUGGUUUCAUCUACCUCUCCUGGAAGAGGACAGACAGUCAAAGCCAAGAGGGAUUCUACAUUCUCACCUAGGUUGGAAGAGUUUUCUCCUCCCAUUAGCCGACCUAUCAGUCCCCAAGAGCAGAUGGACAUUAUGGAUAGGGAAGAGAAGCUAAAGGCCAGUAACCCAAAGCCUACAAAAGCAGACAUAGACAGGUAUUAUCACUACAUCACAGAGGGUGUCCCCAGCUCUGUCUUGACCCCCCUGCCUCCUCAACAAAUGAUGAACAUUCAGCGUCUCCUGCCAGACACUGGUGACAGUAAUGAAAAAAUCCAGAUUAUGAAGGCAAAUCUGGAAAAGGAGGUUAAGAGAGAUUAUGAAUUCAGUCUCAAGAUGAGCAUAGUGGACUACAUCCUGAUGGACCCAUCUGAACGGGAGCGACUCUCCAUAGUCAGCAUCCCAAAACCCUUUGCCAGGAGAGUGAUUCGCGCACCAGUGCCAUGGGCUGACAGUUACAGGGAGGUCCACACGUGGUUGAACAAACAUCUGUUCACUAUUAAUCCCAUUAUGAUCUUUCUGCAGGAUGCCUGGAUAAACAAUUUCUCAUCCUUGAGAUUUGUUCGACUGGAGGACUUGUGCUGUGCCAGUCUCCCCCUCCUUCCUUCUGAGUUUGAAGAGUUUAUCCAGAAACAAUGUCAAAGAACCAGAGAUGAAUUGGUCCAAAAGUGGCUGCCUCAGUGUGUAUCAGUCAUUUACACAUACAUGAAGGAGAGUAAGCAGGGGCUUCCAGUUACUGCCCAUGAGUUUUUCAGCUGUGUUGCUGCUCUCAUGUCACUGCACCUCCGAAGCCUUGUCAUAGAAUCUUUACAGGAUGUGUUAUAUUUCUUCAGUAUACACAAGGAAGGCAAUAACUUUGGCGACGUGUAUGAUGAGUUGCAGUAUUUUCAGGAUCAGGUGCUGCUGAUUAAACUGCAAGUGAAUGAGCCAAACAUCGACUUUAAUCCAAGUUUUCAGGAAUGUUGGGAGCUCAUCCACAGAGUCUUCUUGGAAAUCAUCAAAAGUGCCAAGAAUCUCCCAAGGGUGGAUUGGGACCUCUACCCAGGUACUGAGAACUUGUAUUUACGCACUGUCAGUCCUGAUGAGCCAGUAGUUAGAGACAUCAUCAACAAAGCCAAGGAUGUUUUCCAUGAGAACACUGUGGGGCCUCCUAAGUACUUGAGUGUGUACAAAAAGUACACUAAUCUACUAGACAAUACAGCAAAGCAGGACAUAACAGCAUUCCUUAAAGAAAAGCACUCAUUAGAAGGAUUUACUAAGAAAAUAGAGAGUGUGGCACUUUUGUGGAAGGAGAUUGCCUCAUUGCCAAUCACAGUACCUCUGUCAAUGUUUUGUUUAUAUACUGAGAAACUAAAUGAAGACCUGUGUGCCCGAACUGACCAGCUAAAAGAUCAGAUUGUCAUGUUUAUAGUAGAAGAGAAUCGAGAGCUUAACAGAAGGAUCUGUCAAAAGUAUGAGGACAUUACUCUGACCAUCAGAAGCACCCCCGAAUCCACAGAGGAGAUGAUGUCUCUUAACCAUUACAUUAGAGAGACCAGUGAGGUGACCAUUUACAAGCUAAUUGAUGAGACGGAUGAGGCAGUAGAACGCCUCAACUUCCUAAUGCAACAUGCUAUAUUGACCACUGAUGACAUGAGGUUGAACUCCAGCGUUUUCCAGUGGCCCACUCUUAUCCUGACUGAACUUGAACUUAGCAAGACUCGUGUAGCCACUAUGAGAGAGCAGGCUGAAGACCAUCUCCAAACGAGGGUAUCUCACCUUGAUGAGAGGCUGAAGGAUGUGGAAAAUGAGUUACAAGCAUUUAAGAAGGAGGAAUAUACUGUCAUUGACGCAGAGUCAAUGGAGAACAAUGUGGAAAAUCUCUGGAGGAUCAGUGCCAACCUUGAUGCUGCUGUAAUUGAACUGGAGGCUAUCAACAAAGAGCAGUCUUUGCUAGAAAGAGACCCGAGUGAGUUUCCAUCUCUGCAAAUUCUGAUAGAUGACAAACAGCCAUAUGAACAGCUUUGGACCACAGCGUUAAAGUUUCAGAGUAUGUCAGAGGUGUGGCUGAAUGGUCCAUUCCGGGAUCUUGAUGCAGAGAAAAUCUCUAAAGAGAUAGACACAAUGAGGAGGACCAUUUAUGAACUGACCAAGUCUUUAUCAAAUCUUCCUGGACCUUGCCAUGUGGCUGAAACUGUCAAACAAAGGAUAGACCAGUUUAAGCAGUACUUACCAGUCCUGUCAACAGUCUGUAAUCCUGGCCUCAAAGAUCAGCACUGGGAGAUGAUUAGUAGCAUUGUGGGUGUUCCUGUAAGACCAGAUGUGAACAGCUCACUGCAGGACAUGUUGGAUUUAGGACUCUCUAAGUUCUCUGACCAGUUGGAGGAGAUAGGAGCAUCAGCUAGUAAGGAGUAUUCCCAGGAAAAAUCCAUAGGGAAGAUGGAGAAUGAAUGCUGAAAUUUUAGCCAGUGCUGAGCUUCAGUAUCCAUCAAAAAUAUACAUUUGAAAAUCUAAUAAAUACUUUCACAUACACAAAAUGAGCAAAUUAUCUUUGUAAAUUAUUUUUGUUUUAGCUACAG